AUGGCUCCCGGUAGGCCCAGAGCCCCUACCAUCACCAUCGACACCACCGCCGUCAGUCCCACGCCCCAGCCCGACGACGCGGAUAAUGAUGCCGCCGCCACCACUCAGCAAGGCCACUCGCCAAUCUCUCCCUCCGACACCUACAGCCCCUCCACGGUCGUCGAUCAGACCGUCCAGACCUGGUCAUCCCAGAGAAUUACCGUAGAGUCUUCCGAUGGCCACUCGCGCACACAGGUAGACACGGAGCCGUCCUUCGAAAGCAGAGAGAGCAGGCCCACCAGCCCUCACAAUGUCUCCAGCCCCAUUUCCCGUGCGAAGGACCAGUCUCAGAAUUUCCUGGCCGUCCCGAACCAUGGCGGCCCCCGUUCCAGGCAGAACAGUGUCGACUCUGCCGACGAGUCCCACCCAAGAUCUUCGACUCAGGUUGACACCAACACCACUCUCUACCAGAGCGAGCAGGGAGACGCCAAGGGCAAGGUCUCUGUGGAGCUUGACCACACCCAGGUCAUGAACGACCCUGAUGCCCUCAAGCCUGACCAAGGCAAGGAACAAGACUUUGAAGUGGACAACAACCCGUUCGCUUUUAGCCCCGGACAGCUUGGGAAAAUGUUCAAUCCGAAGAGCCUAUCGGCUUUCUACCGCUUGGGAGGUCUGGCAGGAAUUGAAAAGGGGCUACGUUCGAACCGAACAGCUGGGCUUGGGGUGGAUGAGAAGCACCUGGACGGUACGGUUUCUUUCGAAGAUGCGACCGGCGCCGACAAGCUCAAGACCGAGGGCGCGGAGCCCACAUCUCAAACCCCGGCCGCCGGCGCUCACAACGACGCCCACGAUCGGGACCAAACCUUCGGCGACCGGAAACGUGUUUACAAGGAUAACAGGCUCCCUGAGAAAAAGGGGAAGAGUCUGUUGCAGCUGAUAUGGAUCACCUACAACGACAAAGUGCUUAUUUUGCUGUCCAUUGCUGCUGUCGUAUCUCUGGCCAUCGGCCUGUACCAGACCUUCGGAACGCAACACAGCUCGGACAACCCGCCAGUCGAGUGGGUCGAGGGCGUGGCGAUCAUUGUUGCUAUCGUAAUUGUUGUCAUGGUCGGCUCUCUGAACGACUUCCAGAAAGAGAGGCAGUUCGCAAAGUUGAACAAGAAAAAGCAGGAUCGGAUCGUCAAAGUGGUCAGGUCCGGAAAGACGAUUGAACUGAGCGUUUUUGAUAUCCUCGUGGGGGAUGUACUCCAUCUCGAGCCUGGCGACAUGAUUCCGGUCGACGGUAUCUUGAUUGAGGGCUUCAACGUGAAGUGCGACGAAUCCCAGGCGACCGGAGAGUCGGACGUCAUCCGGAAGAGGCCAGCGGACGAGGUGUAUGCUGCCAUCGAAAACGGCGAGAGCCUCACCAAAAUGGACCCCUUUAUCCAGUCUGGCGCCCGCGUUAUGGAAGGUGUCGGAACCUUCAUGGCCACUUCUGUCGGUAUCCACUCGAGCUACGGCAAGACUCUCAUGGCUCUCAACGACGACCCCGAGAUGACUCCACUCCAGUCUAAGCUGAACGUUAUUGCCGAGUAUAUUGCGAAGCUCGGAGGUGCCGCUGGUCUCCUCCUAUUCAUCGUCCUAUUCAUCGAAUUCCUCGUCAAAUUGAAGAGCCAGGGUAACCUGACCCCCACACAAAAGGGCCAAAACUUCCUCGAGAUAUUUAUCGUCGUUGUUACUAUCAUCGUCGUUGCUGUGCCUGAAGGUCUCCCUCUGGCAGUGACGCUCGCUCUUGCUUUCGCAACAACCCGCAUGCUGAAGGACAAUAACUUGGUGCGACACUUGAAGGCUUGCGAGGUCAUGGGCAAUGCCAGUACGAUUUGUUCGGACAAGACCGGCACUCUCACACAGAACAAAAUGCAGGUCGUUGCGGGGACAAUCAGCACAUCUCAUAGAUUUGGUGGUGCGCCGGCCAGGGAGGGCCACGAGCCGGUACCAAAUGGAACCUUGGACGUCAGUGCUCCGGAGCUUGUCAAGACGCUGAGCGCAGACGUGAAGGAACUUCUCAAGAAUUCGAUCUCUCUCAACUCGACGGCCUUCGAGGGCGAGGUAGACGGACAAAUGACCUACAUUGGAUCCAAGACCGAAAUGGCGAUGCUUACCUUCGCCAAGGAGCACCUAGGAAUGGGACCCGUUGCAGAGGAGAGGGCAAACGCCAAGAUCCUCCAACUCAUCCCCUUCGACUCUGGUCGCAAGUGUAUGGGUAUUGUUGUGCAGCUCCCCGACGGAAAGGCGAGACUCUAUGUCAAGGGUGCCUCCGAAAUCGUCCUCGCGCAGUGUUCCUCGAUGCUUCGCGACCCAUCAUCCGACUGCCGUACUACUCCCCUGGGCCAAGAACACAAGGAUACUAUUACGAGCCUGAUCGAGCACUACGCCACGCAGUCUCUGAGAACCAUCGGAAUUGUGUACAAGGACUUGGACAAGUGGCCACCACCGAGGGCCCGACGUGUCGACGGCGAGAAAGACGAAGUCCAAUUCGAAUCGUUCUUCAACAACAUGGUCUUCCUUGGCAUGGUCGGCAUCAAGGAUCCCUUGCGCGAUGGUGUCCGAGAAGCUGUGAGAGACUGCCAGAAAGCUGGUGUCGUUGUCCGCAUGGUCACUGGAGAUAACAAGCUUACGGCUAAGGCCAUCGCUGAGGACUGCGGCAUCUUACAACCAGACUCCAUCGUCAUGGAGGGCCCCGAAUUUCGCAACAUGCAUCUGUCCGAGCAGCAAGAGAUCCUGCCACGGCUCCAUGUUCUGGCCCGUUCGAGUCCUGAAGACAAACGAAUCCUGGUCGGUCUGCUGAAAAACAAGGGCGAAGUUGUUGCUGUCACCGGAGACGGCACCAACGACGCACCAGCCCUGAGGCUGGCCGACGUGGGCUUCUCCAUGGGAAUUGCCGGUACCGAAGUCGCGAAAGAAGCGUCCGCCAUUAUUCUUAUGGAUGACAACUUUAGCUCUAUUGUCAAGGCUCUCAAGUGGGGCCGCGCUGUCAACGAUGCUGUCAAACGUUUCUUGCAAUUCCAGUUGACCGUCAACAUCACCGCUGUCGUCUUGACAUUUGUCUCGGCCGUUUCUAGCAGCGACGAGAGUAGUGUCCUGACGGCUGUGCAACUGCUAUGGGUCAAUCUGAUUAUGGAUACGCUCGCCGCCUUGGCUCUGGCAACUGAUCCUCCACAAGACAGCGUCCUGAACCGCAAACCCGAGCGCAGGACCGCGUCCAUCAUCUCUACAACGAUGUGGAAGAUGAUCAUCGGCCAGGCAAUCUACCAGCUCGUCAUAACAUUCCUCAUCUACUUUGGCGGCAACUCGGUCAUUCCCGGUGAUGAUGCCAACGACGCGCAAAUCCAAACACUGGUUUUCAACACAUUUGUGUGGAUGCAGAUCUUCAACCAGUGGAAUAACCGUCGUUUGGACAACCAAUUCAACAUCUUUGAAGGCCUCUUCAAGAACUGGUUCUUCAUCGGCAUCAGUAUUAUCAUGUGCGGCGGACAGGUUCUGAUCAUCUUUGUUGGCGGCAAGGCGUUCAACAUUGCCCCUCAGAAACAGACCGCCAGCAUGUGGGGGACUGCCAUCGUUCUCGGCUUCAUCUCAAUCCCAAUCGGUAUCGUCGUCCGACUCAUUCCCGACUCGCUACUGGAGAAGCUUGUUCCCGAGGCUAUCAAGCGCAGGGCUCAAGCCAAGGUCCCAGGCGUCACUGUCUCCGACGACGAGGAGCGUUUCCAGAACUUCCCGGCCGAGUUUGCCGAGAUCCGUGACGAGCUCUACUGGCUGAAGCGGUUCAAGGGCGGACGUGUUAACAAUCUCAAAUUCGCCAUGAAGCAUCCGAAGGAGGUCUUCUUGCCCAAGAGGAGCAUGUCGCGACAGAACUCCAAGCAGAACUCCCGUUCCAAUUCCAUCAAGCAGCCGCAGACACCAACUCGGGAGAAUAGCUUCGGCUCGAAUGGUGGCGGCGGCAGCAACGUUGGCAGCAAUGUCGGAAGCAACGUCGGUACUGCGACGCCCGACUCUAGGAAAAGGUCAAGGUCCAUGCGGUCCCGGUCCAGGUCCAACUCGGUCCUGGGGGCGGCGACGUUGAUGACGGGUAUCGUGGCGGGCAGUGUUGGCGCGGCCGGUUGGUCACCGAUCGACCGGGCGGGCGGAGACUGGCAGCAGUUCCCCCAGACGAAACCGACGCCCUCGCCUCUAGGCGCAUCCUCUACGAAAGGAGACGACAAGGAAGAGGGCAGCGGCAAGGACUCAUGA